GUUUAGGGCCGGAGCAGUAGGACCCAGGGGCCUCCGCAGCCACCAAUAGAAGCGCACACUUGGACCUAUUUGUAUGCAAUGCCGUCUGCCCUGCGCAUUAAUAGUAAUAGAGAUAACGGGUCUGAAAGAAUUCUCUACUGAAGAAGGAUUGAAUUUUUCUAGGGUGCUGAUACCGAGAAGAAACCCGACUUCACUCUCCCUAUUUCCCCACUCGUAGGUUUAAAAGUCUCAGACAGCUUUUCCUUGGUUUAAACUCGGAAAGGUCUCGGUGCACUGUAAAGUUGCAGGGCUGCGUCUACACUACGGAGCCGCUAGAUUGCUGAAAACAGUCUCGUCGAAGGAUAACACAUAUCUAUCACUGGCUGGGUGUAAUGCAAGCAAGGGACAAAGAUGAAAUGGAAACAUGCUCCUUUUUUGGUCAUAAUAUCACUCCUCAGCUUAUCCCCAAAUCACCUGCUUCUGGCCCAGCUUAUCCCAGACCCUGAAGAUCUAGAGAGGGGGAACGACCACGGGACGCCGAUCCCCACCUCUGAUAACGAUGACAAUUCGCUGGGCUAUACAGGCUCCCGUCUUCGUCAGGAAGAUUUUCCACCUCGCAUUGUUGAACACCCUUCAGACCUGAUUGUCUCAAAAGGAGAACCUGCAACUUUGAACUGCAAAGCUGAAGGCCGCCCCACACCCACUAUUGAAUGGUACAAAGGGGGAGAGAGAGUAGAGACAGACAAAGAUGAGCCUCGCUCACACCGAAUGUUGCUGCCAAGUGGAUCUUUAUUUUUCUUACGUAUAGUACAUGGAAGAAAAAGUAGACCUGAUGAGGGAGUCUAUGUCUGCGUAGCAAGGAAUUACCUUGGAGAGGCUGUGAGCCACAAUGCAUCGCUGGAAGUAGCCAUACUUCGGGACGACUUCAGACAAAACCCUUCGGAUGUCAUGGUUGCAGUAGGAGAGCCUGCAGUCAUGGAAUGCCAGCCUCCACGAGGCCAUCCUGAGCCCACGAUUUCAUGGAAGAAAGAUGGCUCUCCACUGGAUGAUAAAGAUGAAAGAAUAACUAUACGAGGAGGAAAGCUCAUGAUCACUUACACCCGUAAAAGUGACGCUGGCAAAUAUGUUUGUGUUGGCACCAAUAUGGUUGGGGAACGUGAGAGUGAAGUAGCAGAACUAACUGUUUUAGAGAGACCAUCAUUUGUGAAGAGACCCAGUAACUUGGCGGUAACUGUGGAUGACAGUGCAGAAUUUAAAUGUGAGGCCCGAGGUGACCCAGUGCCUACAGUACGGUGGAGGAAAGAUGAUGGAGAGCUGCCCAAGUCCAGAUAUGAAAUCCGAGAUGAUCAUACCUUGAAAAUUAAGAAGGUGAUGGCUGCCGACAUGGGUUCCUACACUUGUGUUGCAGAAAAUAUGGUUGGAAAAGCUGAAGCAUCUGCUACUCUGACUGUUCAAGUUGGGUCUGAACCUCCACAUUUUGUUGUGAAACCCCGUGACCAGGUUGUUGCCUUGGGACGGACAGUAACUUUUCAAUGUGAAGCAACCGGAAAUCCUCAGCCAGCUAUAUUUUGGAGGAGAGAGGGGAGUCAGAAUCUGCUUUUCUCGUAUCAACCACCACAGUCAUCCAGCCGGUUUUCAGUCUCCCAGACUGGUGACCUCACAAUUACUAAUGUCCAGCGAUCUGAUGUUGGUUAUUACAUUUGCCAGACUUUAAAUGUUGCUGGAAGCAUCAUCACAAAGGCAUAUUUGGAAGUUACAGAUGUGAUUGCAGAUCGGCCUCCCCCGGUUAUUCGACAAGGUCCUGUGAAUCAGACUGUAGCUGUGGAUGGCACUUUCGUCCUCAGCUGUGUGGCCACAGGCAGUCCGGUGCCCACAAUUCUGUGGAGAAAGGAUGGAGUCCUCAUUUCAACCCAAGAUUCUCGAAUCAAACAGUUGGAGAAUGGAGUGCUGCAGAUCCGAUAUGCUAAGCUGGGUGAUACUGGUCGGUACACCUGCAUUGCAUCAACUCCCAGUGGUGAAGCAACAUGGAGUGCUUACAUUGAAGUCCAAGAAUUUGGAGUUCCUGUUCAGCCUCCAAGACCCACUGACCCAAAUUUAAUUCCUAGUGCUCCAUCAAAACCUGAAGUUACAGAUGUCAGCAGAAAUACAGUAACAUUAUCAUGGCAACCAAAUUUGAAUUCAGGAGCAACUCCAACAUCUUAUAUUAUAGAAGCCUUCAGCCACGCAUCUGGCAGCAGCUGGCAGACCGUAGCAGAGAAUGUGAAAACAGAAACAUUUGCCAUUAAAGGACUCAAACCAAAUGCAAUUUACCUUUUCCUUGUGAGGGCAGCUAAUGCAUAUGGAAUUAGUGAUCCAAGCCAAAUAUCAGACCCAGUGAAAACACAAGAUGUUCCACCAACAAGUCAGGGUGUGGACCACAAGCAGGUCCAGAGAGAACUGGGAAAUGUUGUCCUGCACCUCCACAACCCCACCAUCCUUUCUUCCUCUUCCAUCGAAGUGCACUGGACAGUGGAUCAACAGUCUCAGUAUAUUCAAGGAUAUAAAAUUCUCUAUCGGCCAUCUGGAGCCAGCCACGGAGAAUCAGAGUGGUUAGUUUUUGAAGUGAGGACCCCAACCAAAAAUAGCGUGGUUAUCCCUGAUCUCAAAAAGGGAGUCAACUAUGAAAUUAAGGCUCGCCCAUUUUUUAAUGAAUUUCAAGGAGCAGAUAGUGAAAUCAAGUUUGCCAAAACCCUAGAAGAAGCACCCAGUGCCCCACCCCAAGGUGUAACUGUAUCAAAGAAUGAUGGAAAUGGAACUGCAAUUCUUGUUAGUUGGCAGCCACCUCCGGAAGACACUCAGAAUGGAAUGGUCCAAGAGUACAAGGUUUGGUGUCUGGGCAAUGAAACUCGAUACCACAUAAACAAAACAGUGGAUGGUUCCACCUUUUCUGUGGUCAUUCCCUUUCUUGUUCCUGGAAUCCGAUACAGUGUGGAAGUGGCAGCCAGCACUGGGGCUGGGCCUGGGGUGAAGAGUGAGCCUCAGUUCAUCCAGUUAGAUUCCCAUGGAAACCCUGUGUCACCUGAGGACCAAGUCAGCCUCGCCCAGCAGAUCUCAGAUGUGGUGAAGCAGCCUGCCUUCAUUGCAGGAAUUGGAGCAGCCUGUUGGAUCAUCCUCAUGCUCUUCAGCGUCUGGCUCUAUCGACACCGCAAGAAGAGGAACGGACUUACUAGUACUUACGCGGGUAUCAGAAAAGUCCCGUCUUUUACCUUCACACCAACAGUAACUUAUCAGAGAGGAGGCGAAGCUGUCAGCAGUGGAGGGAGGCCAGGACUUCUCAACAUCAGUGAACCUACCACACAGCCCUGGCUGGCAGACACGUGGCCUAACACUGGCAACAAUCACAAUGACUGCUCCAUCAGCUGCUGUGCGGCAGGCAAUGGGAACAGCGACAGCAACCUCACUACCUACAGCCGCCCAGCUGAUUGUAUAGCAAAUUAUAACAACCAACUGGAUAACAAACAAACAAAUCUGAUGCUCCCUGAGUCAACUGUUUAUGGUGAUGUGGACCUUAGUAACAAAAUCAAUGAGAUGAAAACCUUCAAUAGCCCAAAUCUGAAGGAUGGGCGUUUUGUCAAUCCAUCAGGGCAGCCUACUCCUUACGCCACCACUCAGCUCAUCCAGUCAAACCUCAGCAACAACAUGAACAACGGCAGUGGGGACUCUGGCGAGAAGCACUGGAAACCACUGGGACAGCAGAAACAAGAAGUGGCACCAGUUCAGUACAACAUCAUGGAGCAAAACAAGCUGAACAAAGAUUAUCGAGCAAAUGACACAAUUCCUCCAACUAUCCCAUACAACCAAUCAUACGACCAGAACACAGGAGGCUCCUACAACAGUUCGGACCGGGGCAGCAGUACAUCUGGGAGUCAAGGGCAUAAGAAAGGGGCAAGAACACCCAAAGUACCAAAACAAGGUGGCAUGAACUGGGCUGACCUGCUUCCUCCUCCCCCAGCACAUCCUCCUCCGCACAGCAAUAGCGAAGAGUACAACAUUUCUGUAGACGAAAGCUAUGACCAAGAAAUGCCAUGUCCUGUGCCACCAGCAAGGAUGUACUUGCAACAAGAUGAAUUAGAAGAGGAGGAAGAUGAACGAGGCCCCACCCCCCCUGUUCGGGGAGCAGCUUCUUCUCCAGCUGCCGUGUCCUAUAGCCAUCAAUCCACUGCCACUCUGACUCCUUCCCCACAGGAAGAACUUCAGCCCAUGUUACAGGAUUGUCCAGAGGAGAUUGGCCACAUGCAGCACCAACCCGACAGGAGACGGCAGCCUGUGAGUCCUCCUCCACCACCACGGCCGAUUUCCCCUCCACAUACCUAUGGCUACAUUUCAGGACCCCUGGUCUCAGAUAUGGAUACGGAUGCACCAGAAGAGGAAGAAGAUGAAGCCGACAUGGAAGUAGCCAAGAUGCAAACCAGAAGGCUUUUGUUACGUGGGCUUGAGCAGACACCUGCCUCCAGUGUUGGGGACCUGGAGAGCUCUGUCACAGGGUCCAUGAUUAACGGCUGGGGCUCAGCCUCAGAGGAGGACAACAUUUCCAGUGGGCGCUCCAGCGUUAGUUCUUCAGAUGGCUCCUUUUUCACUGAUGCUGAUUUUGCCCAAGCAGUCGCAGCAGCAGCAGAGUAUGCCGGUCUGAAAGUGGCGCGAAGGCAAAUGCAGGAUGCUGCUGGCCGUCGACAUUUUCAUGCAUCUCAGUGCCCUAGGCCCACAAGUCCUGUGUCUACAGACAGCAACAUGAGUGCCGCUGUAAUGCAGAAAACCAGACCAGCCAAGAAACAAAAACACCAGCCAGGACAUCUGCGCAGAGAAGCCUACACAGAUGAUCUUCCACCUCCUCCUGUGCCACCACCUGCUAUAAAGUCACCCACUGUCCCAUCCAAGACACAGCUGGAAGUACGACCUGUAGUGGUGCCAAAACUCCCUUCUAUAGAUGCAAGAACAGACAGAUCAUCAGAUAGAAAAGGAAGCAAUUACAAGGGGAGAGAAGUAUUGGAUGGAAGACAAGUUGUUGACCUGCGAACAAAUCCAGGUGAUCCCAGAGAAGCACAGGAACAACAAAAUGACGGGAAAGGACGUGGAAACAAGGCAGCAAAACGAGACCUUCCACCAGCAAAGACUCAUCUCAUCCAAGAGGAUAUUCUACCUUAUUGUAGACCUACUUUUCCAACGUCAAAUAAUCCCAGAGAUCCCAGUUCUUCAAGCUCAAUGUCAUCAAGAGGAUCAGGAAGCCGACAAAGAGAACAAGCAAAUGUAGGUCGAAGAAAUAUUGCAGAAAUGCAGGUACUUGGAGGAUAUGAAAGAGGAGAAGAUAAUAAUGAAGAAUUAGAGGAAACUGAAAGCUGAAGACAACCAAGAGGCCUAUGAAAUUGAAUGUGAAAAUUAUCACUCAAGAUGCCUCCUGUCUGAUGACACAUGACGCCAGAUAAAAUGUUCAGUGCAAUCAGAGUGUACAAAUUGUCGUUUUUAUUCCUCUUAUUGGGGUAUCAUUUUAAAACUUUAUUGGGUUUUUAUUGUUGUUGUUUGAUCUCUAACCCUACAAAGAGCCUUCCUAUUCCCCUCGCUGUUGGAGCAAAUUGUUACACUUUACUUCCAGCAAGGAAAGUGCUUUGACUUCUUGCUUCCCUCAUCAGCCAGCAGGAGAGAACAAAACUGUGCUUUUGCAUUUUGCCCCUGAGAUAUGGCAUUGCACUGCUUAUAUGCGAAGCUAAUUUAUAGCAAGAUAUUGAUCAAAGAUAUAAAGUUGAUAUUCAACCUCAUGCCAAGGGCUCUCAAAGUGUAAUCUUUCCAUAGCCAACUGCUAAUGCAAAUUAAAACAUAUUUCAUUUUAACAUGAUUUUAAAAUCAGUUUUUCAUACUACCCUUUGCUGGAAGAAACUAAAAAUACAGCAAAUGCAGAACCACAAGUAAUUUGAAUGGGGUAGAAACAUUGUAAAUAUAUACUCUUUGCAAACCCUGGUGGUAUUUUAUUUUGUCUUCAUUUCAAUCAUUGAAGUAUAUUCUUACUGGAAAUGUACUUUUGGAUAAGUAGGGCUAAGCCAGUUGGAUCUCUGGUUGUCUAGUCAUUGUCAUAAGUAAACCUAGCAAAACCUUGUUCUAUUUUUCAAUCAAAAAGCAACUAUAAAUGCGUAUUAUGAACAAGUGGAUGUUUUUAAUGACCAAUUGAGUAAGAACAUCCUUGUCUUAACUGGCCUAAAUUUCUUCCGGUAGUGUCAGUUCAACUUUCAGAAGUGCCACUUAAGGAAGUUUGAUUUUUGUUUUUGUAAUGCACUGUUUUUAAUCUUUCUCUCUCUCUCUCUCUUUUUUUUUUUUUUUUUUGGUUUUAAAAGCACAAUCACUAAACUUUAUUUGUAAACCAUUGUAACUAUUAACCUUUUUUGUCUUAUUGAAAAAAAAAGUUGUUGAGAAGCGUUUUUAACCUGUUUUGUUAAUGCUCUAUGUUUGUACUUGGAAUAUUUGAAUGAUGACAGAUGGUGAAGUGACGUGCAUACUUUAUUGUGGGCCAUGAACCAAAUGGUUCUUACUUUUCCUGGACUUAAAGAAAAAAAGAGGUUUAGGUUUGUUGUGGCCAAUAUUGAAACUUACAAGAUUUCCUUAAAAUCUGCAAUAGAGGCAUUACUUGCUUUCAAUUGCCAAAUGAUGCCCUCUGACUAGUAGAUUUCUAUGACAGUUUUUUGUCAUUUUAUAAAUAUCAUUGAUUUUAUAAUUGGUGCUAUUUGAAGGAAAAAGAAAAGUACAUUUACUCAUAGAUAGGUAUCAGGUCUGACCCCACCGGAAAACAAAGCCAAACAAAGCUGAACCACAAAAAACAGGCUGGUGUUCACCAAAAACUAAACGUGUUCAUUUAGAUAAUUUGAAAAAGUUCCAUAGAAAGGGUGUGCAGUCCUAAGGGAACAAUCCAUGUGAUUAAUGUUUUCAUUAUGUUCAUGUAAGAAGCCUCUUAUUUUUAGCCAUAAUUUUGCAUACUGAAAAUCCAAUAAUCAGAAAAGUAAUUUUGUCACAUUAUUUAUUAAAAAUGUUCUCAAAUACAUCUUUCUUUCUUGUGUUGAUUUCUUUUUUCAUUGUGUGCUGAUCAAAUUUAUUCCAUUUAAUCACAAAAUCGUUCUGUCUUAACAUUUCACCCUUGUAUUAUCAGACGAGUGAAAAUUCUCAAUUAGUUUUAUGAAUAACCAGGCUUUACUAUAAGCAAAAAUUUUACCUAACUCCUCUGAAAUUAAAAAUGUAAGAUCAGUCAAGACCUAGAAGUUAAUAAUUGGAUCAGAGACUAAGUCUUUAAUAUUAAGGGUGUAUUAUUUUUGUGUAUGUGUAUCUGAAUUUCAGCUAAUCUAUUUCUAAAAUAAUUGGGAUUCAACUAGAUAAAUGUGACUUGUAAAGUCUGAGCCACCUACGUUCUGUCAGCAAGAAAAUCAUAUAAAUCCGAAAUGCUUAUCAGUAACUAUCUGCUUUCUUGUUACAAAUUCAUGUAAAAAAUUAACAAUACCUAUCAUAUAACUUUUUACACAUUAUUAUAGUUAAUGUAUUCAGGUAUUUAGCUUUAGAUGAACAAUAUGGGCACCAUGUCUUGGAAUUCCAAGAGCAAUAGAAUCUAAUGAAGAUUUUUUUCCUUUCACAUAUAUAUUGCUCUUCUACCUAAAUUUUGUGUUUAUGAAAAUUUGAGAAUAUGAGGCAAAACAUUGAACAAAGGGGGUGUAAUCUGAAAUUUAAUUCUAUAAAAGUGAAGUAAUCACCAGCAUCUACUUAAAGAUGAUCAGGUCCACAGGUCAAGAAGUCAGUUUCCAAAAGCUACUUCAAGGAAAACUUAGAGGGACAUAUGUAAUGACCUAAUUUCUCUCUUUCCCUUGGUGAGUUGACUAUAAAUAAGUUAGUCUCUCUUUAUUUAUACUAUGUGAUAAUACAUACUGAUUCUGUGUAUCAGAGGACCUGAUUUUGUCACAGCUGUGUUUCCUUGGACAUGUUACUUAACCUCCAAGUCUCAGGUACUUCACCUGUAAAUUCAGUAAUACCUACCUCAUGGACCUGUUGUCAUGAUUUAGUGCGUUAAUGCGUAUGAUAUGGACUCUGUAAACUCCAUAAACAGUACAAAAUUAUUGUUAUAUUUAUGGACUGAAAUUCAUUACACAUGCAAUCCCCGCUUUUCAUACCUAGUUUGUUUCUAAAUAUUUGCAUGUAAAUCGAAGAAUAAGUGUGGUACAAGGAUGAGGUUGGUUUCGUUUCCGGUGAGUAAAAUUCACUGUGAAAUUCCUAACUGUGGAAUAAAUUCUUGGCGUUUUUG